GACGUUCUGCGCUGAGUAAAUCCCAGAAUGGUAGAAUGUCCCGACAUGGACGGGACCCUUAAGGAUCAUCUCCGGCCUUUCCCCUUCUCCCCGGAGGAGACACGGUGGUUUUGCUAUGGCCUAAUUGAGACCGGCGCUUUUCCUGGUGCCAGGAGCAGGUGUUUGGUAAACAGAAGUCUGUAGUCUCAGGGUGUUGGUCAGGAGGGUUGACUACUACGCAGCUCCGAAAACAGCUCAUCCAUGAACUUAUGCAUCCCAUUUUAAGUGGAGAGCUUCAACCACGGACUGUUCCAAGUGAUGACUGUUCGCUUUUGAUCACAGCUUCCAACAGUUUGGUGGCAGACCAUUUGCAGAGAUGUGGCUAUGAAUAUUCGCUUUCUGUUUUCUUUCCAGAAAGUGGCUUAGAGAAGAAGAAGCUGUUGUCUGUGCAAGAUCUUCUUCAAUUAUUGAGGAUCAGUCCAAAAUCCAGUUUGUACAAAUCACUGACUUUGGGAACUCAGAAGGAGAAUAAAGGUUUUCUUAUGUGGAUUUUGAUGGGGCUUACAGAGCAUCAUUUAAGUAAAGAGUGUCAUGACAGAGAAACUCAGACAAUCUCCAUACCCCCUUACAGAGAAUCUCUUGCUGAGAAACUUCAGCUCAUCGAUGAGCAGUUUGCUGAUUCCUAUCCUCAGCAUCAUAAAUACGAACCUUUGGAAGGCAAACUUCAUGAAUAUAGGAAAGAAAUAGAGAAGCAACUUCAAGCAGAGAUGUCUCAAAAGCUACAACAUUUCAAAGAAGUUGAAAUAGCCAAGAUUAAAAUGGAGGAGAAAGCACAGACCCAGAGAGAAAUCUCUGAGCUGCGGUAUGAGUUAGAAAGGACACAUCAAGCAAAGGCUGAAGCCUUGGUUUCUCGUGAAAAGAAUGCUAUUGAAAGGCUUCAGAAACAACAAGAGAUAGAAGCAAAGGAAGUAUAUGCUCAGAGACAGAGUCUACUGAAAGAUAUUGAAGUCAUGAGGACCAGAGAGGCAGAACUGAAGCAAAGAAUUGAGGCAUUUGAAAUCACUCAGAAGCUUCAGGAAGAGAAAAAUAAAACUAUUGAUGAUGCACUUCGACGUCGAGAAGUUGCUGUGAAGAACAUAGAGGAGACUUAUGACCAAAAGCUUAAGACUGAACUCUUAAAAUACCAGCUUGAAUUAAAAGAAGAAUAUAUAGCCAGAACCAAUAAAGUUACUGAAGAUGAGAAAAAAAAUAAAGAGAAGGCUAUGCUUUUGCGUGAAGAAGCUGUUGCUGUUAACUCCAAAAAGGAGGAACUCAAGCAAGCUGUGUCACGCACAAAAGAACUUGAGCUGGAUUUGGAGUCAGUGAAGGCUCAGGUUCUGUUGGUAAAUAAACAGAAUCAGUUGUUGACAGAAAAACUGAAAGAGGUGUCAGACUAUCCUUUGCUAAAGGAGGAGAAACUGGAGCUCCAAGUGCAGAAUAAACUACUUAGGCAACAGCUGGAUGAGACUCGCACUGAGAACCAGCAUCUUCGAGACAAACUGUCCCAGCCUUCAGCAGAGCACCUGGCCUGCCAAGCAGAGCUGAGAAAGGUUGAACAUUCCAGGAGGCUGGUGAUGGAUGAAUUUGAAAGUCAUAAGCAGUUUUCAGAAAAGCAGCUCCAAAGUGAGGUUGAGCGUUCUGCCCAGUUAAAGACCCAAUUGUUGGACUCUGAAGCCACUGUGAGGAAGUUAAAUGUGCAGGUUGAAGAUCUGAAACUACAGUUGAAACAAACACAGGCAGCUCUGGAAAAUGAAGUGUAUCGGAAUCCCAAGCCUUCGCUCGUUGAUCGCUCUGUCAUUGACCUCAUUGAUGAUAGGAUUGUACCUCACGAUAUUUAUACAGAUAGCAUAUUCCUGAAGAAUCCCAUUGUGAGUGAUGUCGUCAAGGGAAGUCCUGUGCCAAGAGCUGGCUGUCACCAGCAGUUACAGACACGUAGUGCUUCUCCAGAUUCUGACCUGGAGUGCAUGGCGCAAACCUGGGCUAGAAUAAAAGAACUAGAAAAAGAGGCAGAGUAUUUGGAAGAGGCCUACAGAAACUACCAGCAUAGGAUAAUGCAGGAUACAGCUGCGAGCAGAACACCAAGAAAGAUGAAGUCCCCUUUACCUCUCCAGUGUGCUGUUAGUAGAGUCCCCUUGACUAUGCAGUGUGAACUUUUGGAGGAUAAUCCUGGCUCCCAGCAUUCUCCUCUGAGCAGUCCAAUAGGUGAAAAAUACGUUGGAAGACAUGGGCAGCCUGAUGCCUUUAAAAAUCCUUCAACACCACCACACAAAGGAGUGCCUCCUUCUAAAUGCCGUUCUUCUACUCCUGUUUACAAAUUGGAAAGAGUUCUCAAUAACAAGAACUGUUCAGAUGGCACCAGUGACUCGUACCUUGCCUCUUCCCAGCAGAGUGUCGAUCAGGUGCUUUCUCCUAUUUCAAAACCACGCAUUCUUUCACGUUCUGAGUCUCCUUCUUCCUCACCAUCCAGUCAUGGAGAAAAAAUUAGGCUUCAGAGUCAACGGAUAGAUAACCAAGAUUUCAGUGAUAGUCCCAAACCAGAGAAGCUAGUAUAUGAGGACCUUGAAGAGCACAUUUCUCCUCUUGAAUAUCAGGGGGACAUUCCAGAGCAGUGUGAAAGUGAUGUCUUGCAUCCAUCUGGGGACACUGUCAAUGGAAACCAUGUCACAGCCACUGUGCGAGCAACAGCCACUUCGCCGCAGGACUUGACUGUGUUGGAUCGAAGAGAGACUCAAGAACAAAAUACAGAAGACAAACACUGGGAAGAUGAGAAGAAAGCUGGAAAAGAAAGGAGAGAGGGAGAACAACAGGGAAGAGGGGAAAGGGAGCAAAAUGAAAUGGAAGAGCUGAAGAACGAGACGUUGAUCCAGGACUCGAUGAAAAUUGAUGAAGAUAAGGGAGAAAAAUGUGAAAGCAAUAACUCUGGUGUUGAAGAAGUUGUAAAGGAUUCUACUCCAAACCCAUUAGAAAAAUACAUGAAAAUAAUUCAGCAGAGGAGAGAGCAGGAACUGGCACAUGAGGAUUCAAAAAAAGAAGAAAUACAGGAUGUAUCACUCAUAGAGGGAAUCACAUCUAGCGAGAAAGACGACAGUGCUGCAGGCAUUUCUCAUGGAGACGAUGAUGACAACUUCUGGUGAACAACAGCAAUUGCUUGGGUUUUUGUUUUUAACUACAAUAAAAAUGUUUUUAAAACACCUUUCUGACUGUGAAGUAAGUCAUAAUAAGCCCUAGGCCCAGGAAUUGCAAGCUGUGCAGUUACAAA